AUUUUGUCAUGCAUUACACUUCGUGUUUGUGUUCCCAAAAACGUACCUGAACUUCUCUCUUUCCUCUCUCAGACCCAAACACAAACACUUGGCGAACUUCCUUUCGGCCAAAGAAUUUGCAGAGCCAACAUGGGGAAAUCUCCUUGCUGUGACAAAAAUGGGUUAAAGAAAGGUCCAUGGACAGCAGAGGAAGACCAGACACUGAUGGAUUAUAUCCAGAAACACGGGCAUGGACGAUGGAGAACCCUUCCCAAGAAUGCAGGGUUGAAGAGGUGUGGAAAGAGUUGCCGGCUCCGGUGGACCAAUUACUUGAGACCUGAUAUCAAGAGGGGGAAGUUCUCCCCUGAGGAAGACGAUGCUAUAAUACAAUUGCAUAGCGUUUUGGGAAACAAGUGGUCAGCCAUUGCAGCUCGCUUGCCAGGAAGAACUGAUAAUGAAAUCAAGAACUAUUGGAACACCCACAUCAAGAAGAAACUGUUGAGGAUGGGGAUUGAUCCUGUGACUCAUAUAUCCCGUUUCGAUCUUCUUGAACUCUAUUCAACUCUAGGCUCAGGUCUCUACAACCCAUCUCAGCAGCUUAAUCUUGCAGGCUUAUUAGGACUUGGGUCUAUGAUCAAUCCAGAGUUGCUUAACUUAGCCAAAUCUCUUUUAUCAUCCAACAUUCAAGCAAGUCAACCAGGUAAUUUCCAGGCUCAAAACCAAUUUCCAUUCUUCCAAACAAGCCAGAUUCAAACCCCAGUAACAUCAUCAAGCACCACAAAUGCUUAUCUUCUGCAAAACACCCAACUUUUGCAAGCCAAUUUGAAUCAGUUUUCUGCCAUUCCAACCAACAUCUGUCAAGACUAUGGCUAUGAUGAUCUUUCUGAUCAAUCCAUCAUUACCCAGUUAGCCGGAAACCAGGGAUGUUUCUCUGGAGAGAACAUCCAGAAUAUGGGCUUUGGAUCACUUCUUUCAACUCCUUCUUCGAGCUCAACUCCCUUGAAUUCGUCUUCCACAACCUAUGUCAAUGGUGCCAGCACUGAGGAUGAGAGGGAUAGUUACGGCAGCAACAUGUUGAUGUUUGAUGUUCCAAAUAACUUCAAUAGUAACGUGUGUUUGUAAAACAGCAACAUAUUUUGAUGUUUGAGUAAAUAAUAAGCUUCAUGAAAGUUCUUUGUAGUGUAUCCAGAAUUUUGACUUUUACUGUUGAAAUCACUUCAUUAGUUC